GCGAAGAGAGAUUUGGAUCCCGCCCCGCGCGCCGGUGCCGCUGCGUCCCUCCUCUCCCCCAAUCCCAGCGAGCGAGACGAUGGGUGCAUCAGUGACUGCUGGCUUGCAGAUGGCUGUGGCGCGCCCUUGCAUCCCAGCUUGCCAACGCUUGCUAGGUUCAAGAGCAUCACUUCCUUCGUUUUCAAGGGCGCUUAGUACCCAAAGUGGCUUUGCAAGCUGCAGAAACACAGCAUCAGCAGGGCCGUUUCUUUCUCUACACCAAAAAAGGUUUGCUGUGAGGGCAAUGUCACAGAGUAGUGCCCAGGGGCUUCCCAUUGAUCUCAGAGGUAAAAGAGCAUUUAUUGCUGGAGUUGCUGAUGAUAAUGGCUAUGGAUGGGCGAUAGCAAAAUCUCUUGCUGCAGCUGGUGCUGAGAUUCUUGUUGGUACAUGGGUGCCUGCAUUGAACAUAUUCGAAACAAGCUUGAGACGUGGGAAGUUUGAUGAAUCACGAAAGCUGCCUGAUGGAUCUCUUAUGGAGAUUACAAAAGUAUACCCAUUGGAUGCAGUUUUUGACUCCCCUGAGGAUGUUCCUGAUGAUGUUAAAGCAAACAAAAGGUAUGCUGGAUCUUCAAACUGGACUGUUAAGGAAGUUGCUGAAACUGUGAAGAAUGACUUUGGUACCAUUGACAUCCUCGUACACUCUCUUGCGAAUGGUCCUGAGGUAAAAAACCCUUUGCUGGAAACAUCAAGAAAAGGGUAUCUUGCUGCGGUUUCAGCAUCUAGUUACUCUUUUAUCUCUUUACUUCAGCACUUUCUUCCUAUAAUGAAUCCAGGAGGUGCUACUAUAUCCUUGACCUACAUAGCUUCCGAGAGGACAAUUCCUGGAUAUGGUGGUGGCAUGAGCUCCGCAAAAGCAGCACUUGAGAGUGAUACAAGAGUUCUUGCUUACGAAGCAGGUCGAAAAGGCAAGAUCAGAGUGAAUACCAUAUCAGCAGGUCCAUUGGGAAGUCGGGCAGCGAAAGCGAUUGGAUUCAUUGAGAAGAUGAUAGAGUACUCAUACGGAAAUGCACCGUUGCAGAAGGAACUCUUGGCAGAUGAAGUGGGGAACACAGCAGCAUUCUUGGCAUCACCGUUGGCAUCUGCGAUCACUGGAUCAACAAUCUAUGUUGACAAUGGACUCAAUACAAUGGGGCUUGCACUUGACAGCCCUACCCUAUCCACAUAAUCUCCUGGAUGGUUCAGUUUGGUAGCAGAUGAGCGCUUCAGGGCCCAAUUGAAGUUGAAAACCAGAUACUGGUAUGAAUUUGAGGAAAGGAUGAUGGUCUGAAUAUGCAACUUUCGAGAAAGUUGAGGUUUUUCCCCCAUUUCGGACUAUGCUGGUAAUCAGGAAUAGCACUGUAGGAGUACAGUUUGUUGGUCUGUUUUAUGUUAGUCCUAGGAUCGGAGAAAGGAGAAACGUGAAAGCAAAAGAAACAAGAAAUUCCAGUUCUAGUCAUUUUUUUUACUGUGAUUUCUCUCACAAGUCUUGAUUUGCCUAUCGGUUAAAUUAAAACCUGCCCUCGAUUGGUGCCUCCACAACGUUUUGAGUGGAGCGUGGCCGUUUAUCACGCUAUCCACAU